GCAGCCGCGCUGCGCUCGCAGUUUGUAACCUGAAGCGGUGCGCAGUGCUGCGGGGCGCCUGCAAUCACGCUGAGCAUGAGAGCAAUGUUAAUAAAUGGCGUCUUUUAAAAGGAGAAUCUUCCAGCGUCAACUCUGUCUGAUCGCGCUCAUUCCUCUUUCAGGCAUUCUGGCCUUCAGUGAGCUGUUCUUUGUCAGGGAACCCCAUGAUCUGAUGGUGUUACCGGGAGAGUCGGCGCUCUUGGAUUGUCACGCGCGCGGUGAGGUGCCCAUCGCCAUCGGGUGGCUGAGGAAUGGAGCGAAAGUGGAGGACGACGAACGCGUGCGGCUCCUUCCCAACGGCUCGCUGCAGAUCUCCCAGGUGGAGAGCAGCACCGCAGGGACAGUGGAUGCCGGCGUCUAUCAGUGUCUGGCUCAGAACCAGUAUGGAGCCAUCCUGAGUCAGAAGUCGAGAUUAACUGUUGCAGGUAUCUCCACCUUUGUGAGGCAGCCCUCACCUGCCAUGCUCAUGGAAGGCUCCGUGGCCAGGUUCAGCUGCAAGGUCACUGCCCACCCGCCAGCCGCCAUCACCUGGGAGCUGAAUGAAGCCCCCGUGCCCCCACUCACAGACAGGAUUACGGUAUUGCCCAGUGGAGUUCUGCAGAUUCAUGGAGUAGAAGCAGGGGAUUCUGGGAAGUACCGCUGCGUGGCCACCAACAUUGCGGGUCGCCGCUGGAGUACGGAGGCAAUGCUCACAGUUAAGCCAGUCCUGCUGUCCAGGCUUGUACUGGGGCCCCACAUCAUAGCCGGGCCCCAGAACCUGACGCUCUCCCUGCACGCCACCGCCGUGCUCGAGUGCCUGGCCACCGGGCAGCCGCGCCCCAUCGUCUCCUGGAGCCGGGCAGACCACAAGCCCAUGGAUGUGUUCAGCACUCGGGUGCUGGGUGCUGGGAACCUCAUCAUCACAGACGUGAGGCCCCGGCACGCCGGUGUGUACGUGUGCAGAGCCACUACCCCGGGCACCCGCAACUACACCGUUGCUAUGGCAAACCUCACUGUUCUCGCGCCCCCCUCUCUGGUGCAGUGGCCGGAGAGCCUGACCCGGCCGCGGGCUGGCACGGCCCGCUUCAGCUGCCAGGCGGAGGGGGUGCCCCAGCCCAGUAUCACCUGGUUGAAGAACGGGGCAGAGAUGCACUCCAACGGCCGGAUUAAGAUGUAUAGCAGCAAGCUGGUCAUCAACCAGAUCACCCCGGAGGACGACGCCAUUUACCAGUGCCUGGCGGAGAACGAGCGGGGCUCGGUACUGGCCACGGCCAGGCUCAUCGUGGUUCUGUCCGAGGACCGGCCCAGCGCCCCGAGGGACGUGCGAGCCGACACUGUGUCCAGCUCAGCCAUCCUGCUGGCCUGGGACCGGCCGCUGUACAACGCUGACCGCGUCAUCGCCUACUCCGUGCACUACAUGAAUUCUGAAGGGAUGAACAAUGAGGAAUACCAGGUUGUCAUUGGCAACGACACGACUCGCUACAUCAUCGAUGACCUGGAGGCGGCUCACAACUAUACCUUUUACAUCGUGGCCUACAUGCCCAAUGGAGCCAGCCGCAUGUCCGACCAUGUGAUCCAGCGCACCCUGGAGGACGUGCCUCUCCAUGCUCCGGAGCUCAACCUGCUCAGCCGCAGUCCCACAGACAUCCAGGUGUCCUGGCAGCCGCUCACAGCCAAGCUCAGCCGCGGUCGUGUCUCAGCCUACCGGUUGUCCCUACGCACGGCCACUGACGGCACCGUCACCCAGCUGGAGCUGCCAGGUGACCAGACCCAGCGCCUCCUCGAGGGGCUUCAACCCGACACCCUCUACCUCCUCCGAGUGGCUGCCGCCACCAGUGUAGGCUGGGGGGAGCCUUCUGCCUGGACCUCCCACCGCACCCCUCCAGCAUCCAGCACUAAUGUGCCCCUGGCCCCCCUGCUGCAGCUGGAGCCGCUGAACUGCACCACUAUGCUGCUGCGCUGGCAGCCCCAUGCCGGGGACGCGGCCCGUGUGCUGGGCUUCUGGCUCUCAUACCGCCAGGAGGGCCAGACCGCCGGCCCCCCCGUCCAGCUGCGGGCCCAGGACUCCCAGUACACCAUUGAGGGCCUGGACCCAAGGAGGAAGUACCACAUUAAGCUGCUGGCCUACAGUAUCGCAGGAGACGGCUACCAGGCGGACCAGACAGCCAGCACACCCGGAUGCGUCUCGGUCCGCGAUCGCAUGGUACCGCCCCCUCCGCCCCCCCAUCGCCUGCAUGCCACGGCCAACAGCUCGACAGCGGUAUAUCUGCGGUGGGACCCCCCCGCCUUCACCGUGGGACAGGCCGUAAGCUACACGGUUCGCUGUCACCCCGUCGGCUUGCAGAACGCCUCGCUGGUGCUCUACCUGCAGACUACAGAGCGGGGCCUGCUCAUCCGUGGGUUAGAGUCCAACACAAAGUAUGAGUUUGCUGUGCGACUCCACGUAGAGCAGCUGGCCAGCCCUUGGAGUGCCGUGGCGUUCCAGAGUACGCUUCCCGAAGGGACCAACACCAUGGCCCUGCUGGAGAACCUGCUGCCCGGCAGUGUCUACCUGGUGCGGAUCUCUGCCUCAAACCAGGUGGGAGACGGACCCUUCUCCAGCGAGGUGGAGUUGGCUGUGCUUCCGAUGGGCUCGCAGGCGGGGCAGAACUCGGGCCGCUACGACAGCGCAGCUCUAGCUAAAGCCUUUUCUGAUGGCUUCUUCUACAUGGACCAGAAGUCCAUGAUGGGCAUUGUGGUGGGAGUAUCCAUCGCGUUGGGCUGCAUCCUCAUCUGUGCUCUCAUCCUCUUAUACAAGAGCAAAUCCCGGAAAUUCUUUGCCCCCAAGAUGGCCAGGCAAGGGAGCUCCCUCCAGAAUGCACCCCCCCCGAGGGCAGAAGAGCAGACAGACGGUGCGGAGGCCCUGGUGCCGGCGACGGCUCACAACUUCGUUGACGCUAAAGGGGGGACGGACAUGAUGGUAAACAGCUCCGGUCCCGUGAAGCCCAGCAGGCCCAGGAGAAACAUGUGGUGGUCUUUCAGUAAUGAUGGGAAGCAGAAGCCCAGGAAGGAGCCGACCCAGAAGAGAGGCUACAGCAGGUGCUCCUAUCAGCUGGCUACCACAUUCCUGAGGUAUGAGCAGGGGUCUUCCUCAUACCCGGGCAGGAACACCCCCACCGGACCUGGGUUUGGGCGACUGGGAGAGACGGAGGGGUCCCAAGGCAGCGAGGGCACAGGUGACUCAGGGCACUACUCGCACGAUGAGGCUGACUUGGCCAACAUGGCCGACGCACAGCCACUGCCGCUAGGUGUGAAAGCGGCCGGAGCCUGCAGUGAGGGAGAGCAGCCCCACCUAGUGGUGGAGAUGGAGAACCUCACCAAGAUGGCCGCUCAGCCCUCGCAGCAGAGUCUGCAUGCUACCGACCAAGUACAUCCUCUGUGAUGUGGAAACUGACCCCCCACACGUCAUGCACUCCAACCCCCCCCAACAACUGUUCUAAUGGACAAUGAGCAGGAACCCCAAGAAAUGGAAAAAUAUUCAGCAUCAUUGGGGGGCCCAGUCUGUCAGAGGAUCGUUCUCUGAGAUGAAGUCAUUUAGUCUUCGUGUCUGUCGUUUUAAAUGUUUGUAUGUCUUAAUCUCACCCACCAUGAAUGUUACCAAAGAUGUGAGAACUUCCUACAGAGAGUGUAUCACUGGACUGCAGGGGACUGACUGCCUUAGUCCUGUUUGCUCACCUUCUACCUCAGUUUUCUGUAUGGUAAACACUACUUUUAUUAUAUUUAAAAACUCCUUUUACCUGAAUUAUGUGAUUUUAUUUUGUAUUUUUUUUUAUCUUUUUUUGACUUUUUGUUCUGAAGCAAGAAAUUGUCAUUUUUGUUUUUACUGGUAUGUAAUAAUGGCUACCUCAGGUGUUUUAAAAUGUCUUGCUCCUAACUAAGCUCUUUGGUUGGUGAAUAUGAAGGUGUUUUGGUCCGUUCUUCGUGUGAGCCUUUAGUAUGAGCUUGGCUGAAAGCGAUGUUAGGCACUCGCAACAGUGUGGGAUGUGAAGCAUGCUCACGUUCUGUUGGAGCCGCACGUCCGUCGACAAACGUCGGCAAUCCAUCGUGAGCACCGUGAGUUCCGAGGCUGUAAAUAUGACUGCAAAUCAAGGCCCAGCGGCAAGCCGAGUCUACAGGGACACAUUCCGGUGGUACGCCUUGCCUUGUUAGAGCAAUGUUAUCAUAUCUAGGUAUUUAAAUGCACCAACAGGAACCUUAUGAGGAAUCCAGCCUGAGCAAAAGGAUUCUGUCCACAUGAUGUGGCUGCAUAUGUUCUAAUAUGGUUAUGCUACCUCUACUUCAGUGUUAUUUUCCAAACCUCAGGGAGCAAGGAUGUUGUGGGACUUUAAACGUAGGUAUGUACUACAAUUUACUGCUUGUGUUUGUUGCAGUGUUACAUAGCUAAUGUACAGGGUAUUUUUUGUGUACAGAACCAUGUCCUAGGAGGUGGAUGCUAUCAGCCUGUAAUGACAAAUCUCUAAAACGGUGUGUUGCUUUUGUUUGUUGGCCUUGUGCCUAUAAUGAAGUUAGAACCUGUGGGUUCCACGCUCUCCUGUGCAGAACACACCUUUUUGAGUUGAUUAAUAGCCAUUUUUUUUGUCUUUUUUGGUUAUUUUUCUUCACCCCUUAAAUACCUUAAGAAGUAACCAAAAAAAGGUUGUUCCGACAUGUUCGGCACAGCAAACCUUGAAAGCUUUAAAAAUGGCCUUAUUUGGAAAAGGCUCCUUCGGGUAGCGCAGAAUCCACAAUGCAGGUGAACGGGAGGAGAGGGGAAGAUUUUGAAACCAAAGUGUGAUUGCUCUGAAGGUGACCUUUCCGAUGUGUUAAUAGGAGAAAUGUACAGAAUGUUUGUCGAAAACUAAAAGUGUGUAUGUCAGGUUUCAUUAGUUGAAUUAUACAAACAGUUAAUACAACUAUCAAAAGUCCUCUUACCUGCAAAGACAAAUAUCUAUAUUUUGUCUCCUUUGUACUACUGUGUGCGCAAUGUGUAGGAAUUUAUGUCUUGAAAUGUCUGAUUCUUUAACGUAGAGUACUUAAUUCUCAUGGUAGUGUUACAUUUCCGUUUGUAGAGACAGCUAGCGUGCUGCAGAGACAGAAUGCUAUCCUCCAAAGAAUGUUUGCUUCCCAUCUUUGGUUUGGCUUGUUUUGGGUUUUAUGUUGGUCUGGGGAGACUUGCACCGAAAGCUCCACUCGCCAAACCAAAGAGUGAAAUGCAGCUGCCCUCGGCUCAGCCGCAGUGCCACACCGAGAGCAGAAGCGUGCCCUGCGCUGCGCAGUGUGCGUCCUGUCACAUGACCCAGCACGCCGGUAGGAAUCUAUCAUGCAGCUAAACCCAAAUAACCAAAUGCCUUCAAGAAUUGGGUCAUUAGAAUAUUGGUGGUUUUUAUGCUUUAGUCCAGAUUUAUAUUGAACAUUAUCUCUAUAUUCUGUACAUCUUUUCCUCAUUCUGUGUUUUCCCCACUUUCUGAAGGUUUCACCUUUGCACGGAGAGCAAAACAAUCAGUUUAUUUCUUUUGAGAAGCAAACAAUGUAAACCAAAGAUUUUUGUCACUGUCACAUGUUAGUUUGUAGGCAUAUAUCUUUAUCAGAUGUUUUGUCGGUUUGUGAUGCUUACAAUUCCCUGAUAAACCAAAAGAUAUACGUAUUGACCAUGACGCAACAAACUGUAAACGAAACGUUCGCUUGUUUUUCUUGGUGACCCAUUGAUACAGCUCACCCCGGUGUCACUAUUGUACUCAUGUCAAACUGGAGAAAGUGAAAAGUGCCCAGUAAUCUGAGGCUCUAAUGCUGUGUUAAGCUGCUGUUUGUCCGAGUUUCAUUGUGGAUUUUACUGUUUUGACUGUAUUUACAAGUGUAUGACUGGUACAAGGGCGUAACUUUGGCUGGAACAUUGGGGGGGUUGAGGUCUCCAUCCAUUACAGGGGAAACAUGAUUAUUGGUGGGUUGUAUUAGCUGGUUUUUAUUUAUUGGGGGGGCUACAACCCCCCCCAUCCCCCCCAUAAUUUACGCCCAUGGACUGGUAUGCAGGUACCCUGAAUGCAUACACCGACAUCUCAAGAUUUUAAAAUCUUGAGAUUUUAAAACUUCAGAGCUUAGGUCUAAUUUUAGAAAAAUUAAGGAUAUACGUCAGUAGUAGUGCUCACUGCCUGUCAGUGAGCUCUGCUCUGCAGGACCCUGCAUACGAAAAUGAGCAAACAGCCUUUAAGUUCGAGACAAAGCAGAUGGCUAUACCUAUUCAGGUUUUUAUUAUUUUAAAAGGAAUUUUAUGUUUUUUUUUUUUGUGUCAUUUGCUUUUCAAAUUUGUGAAUUGGAAGGGAUUUGGAUAAUGUGAGUGGCUAUUGGUGUGGGGUGGAGCCACGAACUCAGCCACGCCCACAGCGAGUCGGUACCCGCCAUUUCCAAAUGGCAGAGAGGUGUCUGUGUGUAUGGGGCAGUUUGAGUCCUCACCAUCUUCUAUACCAGUGUUUCCCAACCCAGUCCUUGGGAAACACCGGACAGUCCACGGUUUUGCUCCCUCCCAGCUCCCAGCCAAUCAGGAACACCGAAUACCUGGUACAUUUGCGCAGGGAGCUGAGAGGAAACAAAAACAUGGACUCUCCGAGGUUCCCCGUGGACUGGGUUAGGAAACGCUGUUCUACGCUGCCACAGAAAAACAGCCACCAGUCUCUACUUCUGAAUGUAACUCUGCUUAUGCGAUUAUUUUAUGCUUUUGUUUAUUAGUUUCUUUAAUUUUGGUCAAGUGUUCAAGCAAGCGUUGUCUUUCCUUACAAUUAAUUAUGGUAUAUUUUGCUUUAAGUCUUGCUCUAAUUAAAGCCAAAAAGAUAUUAACUGAUUGGUAUGGUUAAAUGCACAAUUUAAAUAAAGCUUUUCAUUAAAAACG